AAGAGGGAAGAAUUAGGAAAUAUGAUGGAGAACAGACGAUCAGAGAUUGGGAGCAAUGGACUAAGAUUUUUUUUCUUUCAUGGAGUCAAGCCCACAGUCCUAGGGGAAAGGGUUAUGGCUGUCCGGCAGCUGAACACGAAGCUGUCUUGCGCCCUAAGGACUCAUAUGUACAGUGUGAAACAAGUCCACAAAACUGGUCUGUCCCUUGUAUCUUCAUGUCUAUUGCAGUGUCCGGCCCUACACAAGUCGUCAUCUACAACAAGGAGCCAUUAUCAGAAACAGCAGCUCCAGCAUGAGACCACUGCAACGGCAACAACAAAGGCGAUAUCAACAGCAAAGGCAGCAUCCACCGCAACGAAAUUACACAUUGAUGACACUGAAUCAUCUCCAGAAGACUUUCACAAGCCUCAGUCUGGACUCAAUGAGAGAGUAGAGAGAGCUAUACAGAGCACGGUGGACCAGGUUUCACCGUGCCCUAUUGAACCUAAAGAUGGGAAUAAAAUUGAGGUGACGGAGGUAGGGGCGGAAGAGGAUGUGAGGUGGAGAGAGCAGACUGUCAAACUCUCAGAGCUACCUUCAAUUUAUAUGCAACUAUCCAAGAGCAGAUUGACUGGUCUUGUAGUAAUAUCUGCCUUAGCUGGCUAUGGCAUGGCCCCUGGUGUGUUUGAUGCUACAACGUGUGCUUUAAUGGGACUGGGGACAUUUCUAACCUCCUGCUCUGCAAAUACUAUUAACCAGUUCUGCGAAGUGCCAUAUGAUUCCCAGAUGGCGAGGACAAGGAAUCGGGUGCUAGUUAGAGGACUGAUUAGCCCCCUCCAUGCUGUCACCUUUGCCUCUGUCGUGGGUAUCUCCGGUGUGGCUCUUCUGGCUACUGCAGUGAACCCACUAGCAGCGGCUAUCGCAGGGUCAACCUGGGCGCUCUAUGUCCUGGCCUACACACCGAUGAAGCGUUACAGUAUAGUCAAUACAUGGGUUGGUGCUGUGGUCGGGGCCCUUCCUCCAGCCAUUGGUUGGGCUGCUUCAUGUGGUACACUGGGACCUGGUGCUCUGCUCAUGGCUGGCUAUCUCUACAGCUGGCAGUUUCCUCACUUCAAUGCUCUCAGCUGGAACCUCCGCAGCGACUACUCCCGAGGUGGCUACCGCAUGAUGGCAACCACUGAUCCUGGCCUGUGCCGGAGGGUAGCCCUGAGGCACUGCUUCGGUUUGAUAGGGCUCUGCACCCUGGCACCCGUCUUUGACCUCACCACCUGGACCUUCGCCUUGGACUCCUUACCCCUGAACCUCUGGCUGACCUACCUGGGGUACAAGUUCUAUAGGGAUGCUGACAGCAAGUCGGCAAGACAGCUCUUUAAGUUUACGCUACUGCAUUUGCCGCUCUUGAUGCUCCUGCUGCUGAUCAGCAAGAAGGAACUCCAUGAUUGGGACAAGAAUCCUGCCCUUCCCGAAGGCUUGCAUCAAGUGACGUGAUGAUGGUUGCUUGCUCUGCUAUCCUAGCGGCUCAGCAGGGCUAGUGAAUUGAUGAUGCCAUUGAUUGCAUGAUCUUCAUCAAAACGUUUAUAUGGUGUGCCUUAAGCGGACGAAUCAUGUACCAUGGAUCUUGAGGUCCUGUUCCAACAAAUUCCAUCCAUGAAUGUUCAGCAUUUUUUUUUGUUUGAGAGUGGGAAGUGCACACUGCAGGAUGAAAUCUCGGAGUACAGUUUUUCAUCUUCUGACGUACUUUGAAGACCAGUUCAUGAAAGUUGUCGGCAACGACAAGUUGUCAUUGUCCAACAGUGAGGUAAAAGUUCCUCUCCGCCAGUCACAAUCAAAGGAAAGUUAUCAAAGUUACUUGUCAGAUGUCAUAUGUUUAGAAAAUGUCUCCCUGCUGUUAACUCAGGUGCACGCUGAGAUAUGAACUAUUGAUUAUGAACCUGUUCAGCACAUAUUGCAAUGUUGGAUUUUAUGCUGCAUAGAGCACAUUAAGAUUUUUUUUUGUUUCAACAAACUUCUCCUAGCCAUAUCUGUCCCCAGAGCUCUAGAUCAGCCAAGUAUGUCAAUCUGAACCUGUUAAUAUUUGUCUGAAAGCUACGAAUAAAUAUAGAUCACCCUAUUGUCCCAUUCUUGUUAAACAAUCCAAGUUCUUUUGUGUUCACUCGGACUUGGUGAGUCCGGCUGCAACAAAUUUAUGUGUGCAUAAGUAUCUUAUUAUUCUUCCUAAUUUUCUUCAUUAUACCUUUGAAUAGGCUCACUUUGUCUAAAUACUCCUUAUUUAUAUGCUGUAUAUUCCUUUUUAUUGUUUAUUUACAAUAAUUCACGGCAGAAGAUUUAUUGAUUUUAAUUAGUGAAAGGCAGAAACAAAUUCAUAAGUAGAAACCUUGAUGCUUUGUGUUACUUGGCUCCACCUAACCAAUGUUUGAUUGCUACCUCAUGGUUUUAAAGGGAAUCCUUAAUGCCUUAUUACCUGAUGUUUUCUAGCAAAUAUAUUCAUCAUGCAGAGUGUACCCCAAUUUUCAGUAAUAGUGUACAUGUAUGUUUAUUCAUGGGUUCCCUUUUUACUGGAAAUCUCUGCAUAUGUGGGCAUAUUUCGAACAAAUCACUAAAUAUCAUGUCAGGGGUUCAAGACUCCCUGUAUUAAAAAUCAAAGUAUAUCUCCCUGGUGCCAUACCACAUUUAGUGUUUCUGGUACUCUGAUUUUCAGACUAGCCAUAAACAAAAUUUUGAUUUUUUUUGCAGUGGAAAUCUCUCUAACUCUGGCUACUUGAAUUAAUUGAAACAUCACAGAAACUUUCAAUAAAACAUUUGCAAAUAUUCCCAUUUUUCAAACUCUUUUGAUCCUGUAAUACACACAUGCCUUAUACAGCAGUGUUACGUACUGGUUCUCCAAAUUGAUCCUCUUUUGUCAAGCAAAAUAUCUCUUUUCAAUCAAGAUGUAGUCAGAAGAUAAAAUUAUAUUUUGUGUGCAAUAAAGAAAUAGGGAAUUAGUUUUCAUUUGAUUUUAAAGUGUAAGAUAUGAAAAGAAUUUGGAUAUUUUUAUGAUUUUCUGCUGUGUGUGUUCUCUAUGUUUUACUUGCUGUAUUUGAUUUUUAUUUUGAAACAAGAACUUAAAGGGAAAUACAGUAACAUGCUGAAAUUAUGAUCAAAACCGGAUAACAAACUUUUGGAAUUUUAAAGAUUUUCAUUGUUCCGCUGAAACAAUUCUAGGCAUGACUUUAUGAAUAUUCAUGAGGUGGGCUGAUGAUGUUAUUUCCCCAUAAUGGAGAGCCCACUGAAUGAAUAUUCAAUGACUUUGUUAUCCGAUUUUGAUCAAAUUUUGAGCCCGGACCAUCCCAUCCCACUGAAAAUACAUUCUUUUUCUGAUUCAUAUACAUUGUAACCUAAAGUUAUGUAUUUAUUCUUAAAUCAAAUAACAGUCCUGUCUGGUCUUUAUAUGGUCAAUCAGUUUGAACAUGAAUUAUGGGGUCAAAGUAUGUACCAUCUUACAUAGAAAAUACGAUGUGAGGUAAACUAGUGAUAUGGCUGAGAUUAAAUUUGUGGAGGUUUGCAGUAUUGAAGAUGUAGGAUGUUGUUCAUUUUCAAGAGAAAUAGAAAGGGACUAUUCGCCAGUAAUCAUCUUGGCGAGCUUAAAUUCAUUAAACCCACAUUACCAACUGAUGAAGAGAUUAAAUCAAUAGACUAUUACUGGUAAAUAUACAGUUUCAUUGAAAUAUUUAUUUCAUUCACAGUUCAACAAACGAGUGAAGUUUGUAUUAUAAAUAGAUUGAAUAAGAUAAAUUUCAAAUGUAAGGCAGUAGGAGAAAGACAUAUUGUUUAGUGUUAGAAGUGUGAUGAGAACUCUGGAGAGAAUGGAAGAAGCAGGAGGGGUAAAAUGCCAUGACAUCGAAAAUAGAGGAUUCAAAAUAAUAAUAGCUAUUGCUAAAGUCACAGGUCUCUAAAUCACAAGUGGGAAAAAACAAGUUGAUUCUUUAUAUCAGAAGACAGAUGUACGGUAAUUCAUGUUUGAACACGUGUAGUGCAACAUUGUCUCUGGCUCUCGCAAAGUAAAACCACAGCAGCAGUAAUCCAUAUAUGCUGUUAUUUAGGACAUAAUUCCAGAUAAAUAUGCCAUAUUUGGCAAGCUGUCAUCUUGGUAUAUGGAGAUAAGGUGUAAGAUAGCUGACAAAAGUGCUAACGUUACAGCUUCCGUUUUUAUAAUAAACCAAUAGUCAUACUUCUGCAUCUGAAUGAAAGGAACUUUUUUCCCCUACUCACAAGUUUUUUCAAAAGACCCAACUGCAUUUACAAACAUAAAUAAAAAUAUACAGUAUGAACACAGGUUUUAA